AUGGCAAGUCUCUCGAUUCCGGCCACCACCGUUAAUGGGUACACCGACGGUGUGAGCGCAGCGCAAGCAACUAAGGUGUCUUACUUUGUCGACCCAAAGUCAUCUUUGAAUCGCCUCAAUGCCAGUCGUCUCGGCAUUAACGCACAACCCGAACAGUUGUGUAACGCAUCUUGCCCUUCCCUGCUCCUCCCUGCCGCUGCCUGCCUCUCAACACUCCCUGCUGCUGUUCCGCACUCUCCUCCUCUCCCUCCAUGCAGCAGCACUGCGCGCAGUGAUCACAGAAACUCCCACAUCCCUCUCAUCGGACCCUCCCCUAUACUCUCCCUCCCCCCUCCCCCAUCCACAUUCACAGUACUUAUCUUCUCUCCCAGUGACGGUCGUGCCAGGCGCCGGCCCUCAUGCAACGAGCUGCAGUGCAGCAAGGUGCACGUGGAGGGCAGGCAAAGUUCGCCCUUCCCCAGUCUCCCCCUCGUUCCCCCCCCACACCUCCAAAUCCCACCACUUUCUCCCCGCCCCGCCCUGCCCCCAACCCAUACCUCAAACUCCCCUCUCCCUCUCCCGGGACCCUCCGUUAUUCCCCCUCCCCUGGCCUUGUCUCCCAGUGACGCUCGUGCCAGGCGCCGGCCUUCAUGCACCGAGCUGCAGUGCUGCAGGGUGCAGGUGGUGCCGUGGAGGGGAGGCGAGGGGCGCGCGGCAAUGGAAAAGGGCGAACGGGACAGGAGGGCUGAAGGGGGUGAUGGAGGGGAGCGGGGUUUGGGAAGCAGCGGGUGGGUGGCAGGUGAAGGGCGCGAGGAUGAAGAGGUGGAAGGUGAAACGCGUGAGGAUGAGGAGCUGGCAGGCGCCAUGGCUGCUCUUGGCCUGCCAGUGCAGUUCAGUGGAGGGGCGCGGACUGUGCAGUCAGCACAGGAAGUUAAGCAGCAGGGCGGCGGCAGCGGCGGUGAUGGUGGCGGCGGUGGCGGUGGUGGUGGUUCUGGUGGGGCUCGUGGAGGGAAGAAGAAGAGGCGGGGGAGGAGGAGGGGAGAUGGGCAGGCAACAGCAGAGUGCGCUCCAGAUGCAGGGGUAGAGCGCGGUGCGGAGGGCGUGGCAGGGGUGGGUCCAGCGAUAGCAGUGGAGGGUGGUGCAGAUGCAGCAAGGCAGGCUGCUGCUGAUGGAAGGGAUCUCACAGGGUCAGCGGCGGAGAGUGCUGCAGGAAUGGCAGUGGUUGGGAGCGGUCCAGAGGCAGUGGUGGGUGGCAUGGGGACAGCAGCACGGGUUGCUGCAGAGGCAGAAGUAAUGGCUGUCAGUGCAAACGUGGCAGCGCGUGGUGCUGCGCAGAUGGGCGGAGAGCAGAUGGGGGGAGAGCAGAUGGGGGGAGAGCAGAUGGGGGGAGAGCAGAUGGGGGGAGAGCAGAUGGGGGGAGAGCAGAUGGGGGGAGAGCAGAUGGGGGGAGAGCAGAUGGGGGGAGAGCAGAUGGGGGGAGAGCAGAUGGGGGAAGAGCAGAUGGGGGAAGAGCAGAUGGGGGAAGAUCAGAUGGGGGAAGAUCAGAUGUGGGGAGAGCAGGUGCAAGGGUUAGCAACGGGAGAGCAGGCGGAGGAAGGGCGGGCAGAGGGGGAUUCAUUUGUGGUGGCGGAGGAGGGAGCAUGGCAGGCGGUGUGGGAGCCGCUCUCCCACGGCGUGUACUUCUGCAAUGCUGCCGCCACCAUCACCCAGUGGCACCCACCAGACCACGGCGAGGGGAGUGGGCUUGCAUGCUGGGUGGGAUGGACGCCCCAACAGGCUGUAGCAGGACAGGCUGUAUCUGCAGAGGGAGAUCCCGCACAGGCAGAAACGGAGCAGGUCUUACUUGAGCCGGCUGUAGCAGAGCAGGCUGUAGCAGCGGGGUAUGAGAAGUACUGGCAGCAGCGGUACGGUCUGUUCUCACGGUUCAAUGAGGGCGUUCUAUUGGAUGCUGACGCGUGGCCCCUUGUCACUCCUGAGGCCAUUGCCGCCCACCACUCUGCCAUGUGCGCUGCGGUCAUGUAUUAUGAUGAUGCCACGUGUGCAGGGGUGGAUGCUGCCACGUCAGCAGGAGGCAGUGGUGCUGCCGCAUCGGCAGGAGAUAGCAGCGCUACGUGUGCAGAUGAUGGUGCUGCCACGCUUGCUGCUGCCAUGUGUGUUUCUGCCACGCGUGCUGCACUGUUAAGCUCUGAGGAAGAUGCACUAGAGCAGAGGGGAGUCCGAGUAACAGCCGGGGAGGAGGAGGGGAAGGAAGGAGGGGAGGGAGAGGUGAACAGGGAACGGGAUGCGAUGGGCAGACAAGAAGGAGAAGAGGAACCAAGAGAUGGUUCCUUGGGCGAAGGGAGGUGUGGGAGUGGGAGUGAAGCACGCAUGGAGAGUUGUGAGCACGCAGCAGGCACGAGGGGUGCAGCAGACGUGGGGGGUGUUGAAGGCGUGGAGGGUGGGGCAGGCGUGGUGGUGGAUGCCUUCUGUGGUGUGGGCGGCAACACCAUCCACCUCGCCAAGCUCUGCCCCCACGUGCUGGCGGUUGACAUGAGUGUGCCUCGCCUGGCCAUGCUGCACCACAACCUCAGCAUCUACGGCCCCCAUCUGCCCCGUCGAGUGGAUGCGCUUUGCGCCGACUUCCUUUCCAUUGCGCCGCGGCUUAAGGUGACUUCCUGUCCCCUGCACCAUGGCUUAAGCCCCAACCCGGUCUGCCCCACCGAAUGGGCGCUCUGCACCGACUUCCUCUCCAUUGCACCGCGGCUUAAAUGGAUGCUCUGUGCGCCGACUUCCUCUGCACUGCACCGCGGCAUGGCCAACUUCUUCCUCUCUCCUUUCAUUGCGGCUCUAGUGUGCACACGUCGUGCUGAUGUGGUCUUCCUGUCCCCCCCAUGGGGUGGCCCGGAGUAUCUAGACCAAUCAGAGUACGACAUCUGGACCAUGCUGCAGCCAGUCAGCGCCUCCGCCCUGCUGCAGCUGGCACUGAGCAUCGCCCCCUCAGUGGCCAUGUACCUGCCUCGCAACACUCCCAUCCACCACUUGGAACAACUCGCUCGCUCCAUCACGCCUUCUGGUCCCUGCCUGGUGCGUCACUCGUGA